AGUAUCAGAUUCGAAUUUGGACUACAUUGUUCAACCUAACCAUUUCAAUUUUUAUUUAUUUUAUGUUUUUACAACCUCAAUCAAAAAUAUGUUAAAAAAUGGAAUUAAUUUCUGUGGUUUUUUUUUUUUUUAAAAAAACUACAAGAUAGCUAAAGCCUAAUGAUCAUAUCAUAAGGAGAGUAAUAAUGAAUCAAACACAACGGCAUCAUCAAGAGCAUACUCGCAAAAUGCAUUUUCCCUCACAAAAAUCUCAACACAAACACUGAGAACAAAAUAGCACCACCAAUGGAACCUUCUAAAUCCAACAACACUGAAACAGAAGAAGAAACCAUAGCCUUUAACAGAAAAAGAGCACGCCGCGUUAGCUUCGCCGACAAUGAAAUCACCUCCGUCCACAUCUUCCGUCCCGACGACGACCAUUCCUCCUCCUCCGACGAGAUCCCUGCCGAAACACUAGAUCUAUUCCGUCAACUUGUCGCAGAAAGCGACGAUGAGGAACCCGACCGCCGUCGUAACUCUACUGACGGUGAGGGUGAAGCGGUUGAUCAUAGAAACUCCUUUCUGCAACCAAUUGGUUCUCCUUCUCCUGGUGGAAGCAGUAUCAACGCUGAUGACGAAACUGAUGAUGACGAAUUUGGUGGUCCUGUGUCGAUGGAUUUCAUCAAACCGGGACGGUUAUCGGAUUCUGGUGUCUCCGAUGACAUCACGAUGGACUCAACUGCUUUUUCGAUGCAUUACCGGAGUCUAGCACAUUCGGAUUCAGGGGAUCUGAAGACGCCGACUAGGUUUGAAGCGACGGUGAGCACACCUGGUCUAAGCAGUGCUACUCCGGGGAGUUUCAUGGAACUCACUGAUCGUGAAAAGAGAGUGCCUCAGUCACCGGUGGUGGCGAGUGCCAGCGAGGACUCAGAUGCCAUGAGCAUUGAAGGGGAACAGCCAAAAACCUAUGAUUAUGGAAGACUCUCUCCUGGGUUGGUUGCAAUUUUUGCACAGGGAAGCAAGGAUUUGGAUGGUGUUUCCCCAUUAGGUUCAAAAGCUACGCAUCCACCAAUUGCAGUUGCUUUUGGGUCUUCGACCAAGAAUACUAAGGAGUUUGUUAAUGACGAAACUCCGUUAGCUUGUAAACAAUUGAACUCUGCUAAGGCUAAUAGAGCAACCCCACCAAAUAUGGAUGAAGGCGAUAAGUUAGCCACACAUUCACCAAUUGCAAAUCAUAUGGAAGUUUUACCCAACAUGGAAUCCUUAGUUAACUCUCCUGUUCAUCAAAUCACCCAUGAUACUACAGUUGCUUCUGCUUUGGAGUCUUCAACCAAGAACACUAAGGAGUUUGUUAAUGAUGCAACUCCGUUUGCUUGUAAUCAAUUGGACUCUGCUAAGGCUAAUAGAGGAACCCCACCAAAGAUGGAUGAAGCUGAUAAGUUAGAUUUGGCUGCUAAGUAUGAACUGGGUUUCUGUGAAGUCCCCGUAAAUGAGAGUAAUUCUAAAGACAGGGGACAAGUGACUGACUCUAAUAAUAAGUCUGAUCAAGUUACUGGAAAUCAUCCAGUACAUGAGUUUACACCAUUGUCCCUUUCUGCAAAUAAACUAGCAUUUAUGGUUUCUCCUGAUUCAUUCAGACGUACUGGAAAUAUAACUCCUCCCUUAAACUUAAAGCAAUCUGGUAUGCUUGGGCCUGAGGUACAUGCCGCAAAUAGUGCAACUUUGUUGUCCAUACGUAAAAACAUUUCAAAGUUGAAAAAUCUUCCCAACACAUCUACUCUCAAAGAAAAAAAUGACAAAUUGAAACGUAGGUUUUCAAAAUACUCUCCAGGGACUUCUUUCUUUCCUGAAAGAGAUUUUGAAAACAAGCAAGUUGAAACCCUCACUGCUCCUUUGGAGGAACAGCCGUUUAGUUUAACUCUGGAAAAUAACAUGCAUCAAAGUUUGAUCAACACUGGUGACCAUGUAGUUGAUUCUUUGAUAAAUACUAGCAAGUUAAGCCAAAAUGAAGAGACUGUGGCCACCGAAAAGGAUGAGGAAAAAAUUUGUUUGAUUUCGGCCAAAGUUUCCUACAAUGAUAAAAAUCUUGCGCCUAUGGAUAUUGGUGCUUCUCCCACGCUUAAGACGCAUAUAACAAGAGUGGCAGAUAGCACAGUUGAGAAAAGAAAAGAUGAAAUUCUAACCAAUACGCAUGCCAAACCUUUUUCUUCACCUGUAAAAUCAUUUGACCAUACUUUAUUGCCAUCUGUAGAAUGUCAAAGUAAUUUCCAUGGUGAGUUGAAGCAAAUGGAAAUGCAGAAUGAAUCUGUUAAUAGUGGUCUAGAACAAGCCAUUGAAUACGACAAACUAACAGUAGCUAGAAAAUUGGAUUUGUCUGGUGUUGGAAACAGUAAACAGCCUAGCUCACCUUUUGAGGAUGCACAGUUCAGCAAGUUUAUUAAGAGUGCAUUGAAGGGAAAACCGGCUAGGAGUCCUCCUAAUAGAUUUCCAGAUCUUAGCAGUCCUAUCCAAGACGCAACAACUGCGUUGCCCUCCCUGCAAGAGCCUCCUAGUGACAUCCAAGACUUGUCUCCCGGGAUUAAUUCUGAUGGGCAUGGUGUUGAUCUUGAUAACAACCACCAUCUGACAUUCCAAGUAGCUCAGAGCCCUCUCAAAACUGGUAUUGAGGUUUCUUCCGGGGAGAAAAGGAAUGAUGUUGAUCUUGAUAACAAUGGUCAUCCGACACUCCAAGUAGCUCAGAGUCCUCCUACCAAAACUAGUAUCGAGGUUUCUUCUGGGAAGAAAAGGAAAGGUGUCCAGUUAUUAAGUAAUGGAGAUGAUAUAGAGAAGACAGGGAGGAUUGACAGAAGUCAAGAGGUUCAUAAAAGUGGGGAUGGAGAUCUACAGUUUGUUUUGGAGCAAACAAGUAUGAGAAGUGAAAGAGAAAAGUUUGGCGAUCAGAAGUGGAAUGAUUUCGAUCAUGUUCUAGAAAGAUUCUCAACCAGCACAAAACAAUUGCUUUCUCCGUCAUUUGAUAAGCUAAAUUUCAGAUUGAUGGGCACACUGGAAGAUAUUUUGGUUCGUCUGCAGAAAGUUAAGAAAUGGGAUAUUCUUUCUUCUGAAAUUCAUUCUCAGAAGAAAUUAACGGAUCCUCUAGAUAUUCCUAGACACAAAAGAGUUGUGGAAAUGAAAUUGUUGCUUUUUAAUAUAGCAUAUGAGAAGGCUAAGCUACAAUUAAUGAAUGUUAAGCGUGAGAGAUUACUGGAAAAAGUACAACAGCUGAGUUCUGGGCUUCAAGAGACUCAGAUGAUGAAAAAUUCCAUGCCAUGUUCUGCUAAGACUAGACUGGUUGACAUUCAAGCUGAUGAUAGUCAUAUCAAGACAAAAAUAUUUAAUUCACAAGGAAAAUGUCAGGUUUCUUGCAAAAAUGUGAUGGAAACGAGGCAAGAGCUUGAAAAUUUGGAUCAGAAAGCAAAAUCUUUAAGUGAAUUCUUUUAUAGUUACUGCAAGAUGAAAGGGGAUCAAAGCUAUACCAACGUCGUAAGAUCUGUUCGUGAUUAUUUGGAAAAGAGAAUAUCUUACAAGUUGGUAUUCCAGAAUUUGAAGUUGUGGGAUGUUGAAGAUUUUGAGCGUAAGGAUGAUUAUCACAUGAUUAUUCUCAACUAUCGCGGAUAUAUCAUCCAAAGGUUCACAGUAAAUGCUGGUCUAUCAAGCAUUAUAGUAUCGAAUAGCUUGAAUGAUGUGAAUAUUGGAAAGACCUAUCCAAAUAUGGAGGCUUUCUCUGCAUUUGUGUUUGCCUUAAAUCCACAUACCACCAGCAAGUGCACGGGUCGAAUCAGUAUGGCACAAGAAACACAGAUAACAGGUUCACUUCUAAGUAAUUUGCUAGAUGUGGUUGAGGAGGUUCAGUUAGCUCGGGUAGAAAUUAGAAAUUUGGUCCAGGCUAAGUUCAAUUCUCAUUCAGUUAAUCAACUUGAUUUGCAGCUAUCUUUCAUCGACUUCUGUGGUGGGAAGAAGGUGCAAGUGAUUCUCGAUAUGACAUGCUUAAAAUGUGGGGCAUAUCCUGCAGAGGUUCUUCCGUCUCAAAUAUAUGGUCUUGCUGCUAAUGGGGAACAAAAGGCUCUUCCUUCAUCGCUUGUAGAUGAAAUAAGAAGUGCAGCAGAGAGUGUGAGUGUGGGGUAUUCAAGAAUUGUUAGGCUUUGUAGGUGCAUUUCCCAGGCAGUUCAGGGUUGCACUCAAGGAAGGUGAUCUUGUCUAAUUGCCUUUAUUCACUGUCAAUUUUGGGUUGAUUGUUCAUUAGAGCUUUCUCUUGUAUAUUUUCACAUCCCGCCGUUGCUAUAAAUGGACGAGUAAUUCUCAUGAAGCACGAAAUCAUUCACUAAUUUCCCAAUGAUUAGUGCUGUCAUAAAGGAAAUCAGUUUUUCAAGAUCUGAAGUUCUUUGUGAUUGUUUGCAAGCUUUUCAAUCUAUAAGUUUCUUGUUCAAGUAUAAUAUUUGGUUAUCAGAAUGUUCGAAGAUGAAAAUUUGUGUGUAUUUCUUGUGAAUAUAUUUGAGUUUAGAAGGUUGGUUUUAUAACAUUGGUAUGAUAUUUAAAAGAUGUAAACAUGAACAUUUAACCUUCUGAAAUCAAUAGAUGUUAAGAUCAAAAUGUUGACCAAAUUAGUGCUCAAAAUUAUUUGACAUUGA